AUGGAUUACAUGAAUCUUGGGAUUAAGUCCCGUAAGACUGGAAUCUCUGUUAAGGAUGAUAUCGACAAAGAUGAAUUUGACAUGGAAAAUAUGGACGACUUCUUUAAAGACAGUGUAUAUGCUAAGUCUACUCCAUCAUCAACAGGGAAAAGAUCAUCUAUUUUGUCUCCCUCAGCUAGAAAUUAUAGGCGAUUGUCUACUACUAGAUCUAAUAAUAACAGUAGCAAUGGUAAACAUAAAAAUAAAUUUGCUUAUCUAUCAUCACCACAUAUUAUGUCACCUUCAAUAAAUAGAACACCAAUAAAUAGAACAAACACUCUUUUUAAUACUAGUAUUCUACAAUCCAUUCAAGAGGAACAAAAGGAUAGAUUAACCAAUAGAAAUCAUCUGUAUUUAAAUGCUAGGAAGAAACAAAAGUUAAAUGAUUUUAAAGAUGAUUCGAGUUUCAGAUUAUCCAAUUAUAAAACAACAUACAACCUCGAUAUAACUCCCAGUAUCACUACUAUCAAUAUCACCAAUGAUAAUCCUAUAAAGAGUUAUAAUGAUUUUCCGAAUACCCCUUUGAUUUCACCACAAGAUAUUCCUGAUAAUUACGAUACAGUAGAUGUAUCAACACAACAACAAUUGAAUCAGACAAGGCGACACGUUCAAAAUAAUAAUAAAAAGAAUAAUAUUUCUUGGUUAGAUUAUAAUUCAAAUCCAUACAUAGAAAUAAAUGAUGAUAGGACAGAGGAACGAAAAGAAAAGAAGGAAGAUGCAUCUGUUUCUCUUCCGGAUCUUACAAAUAACGAUGAAUUAACAUUGGAUAAUACAUCAUUAGCCACUUCAAAUGAUGCUAUUCUAGAAAGCGAGAUUUCUUCCUCUGAAUCAAAUAUAUCAUCUGACGACGAGGAUCAAAAUAACAAUAAUGUACAGACAGAGUUAGAAUAUAAUAAUACUUUUGAUGUUGACAUUGAUGCAACCUAUAUACCAUCUUCACCAACAGGAACAAAUAAUUUCCAUGAAACCAAUAUUGACCAGGAGUCUUCAAAUACUACUACUUUAAGAAAAUCGAAUAGAAUCAAAAUCCCAACUUUAGAUUAUUGGAGGAAUGAAAAAAUUGUUUAUAAAAGAAAAAAUGAUAAUCCUUCUUUAGAUAUUGUUAAAAUCAUAACUUACGAUGAUAAUAAUCGCCCAAUAAAUUCACCACAUGAUAGUAAUACCAAUGAAACUAAUUAUCUUGAUGAUACUACUGAGUUUGAACUUGAUGAAAAUACAACCCCUGACAUGUCAAAAGGACAGUAUUCAAGAGAAAAAAAAUAUGAAAUUACGUCGUGGCAUGGUUAA